AUGGGAUGCGGUGCUUCCGUGCCAAGAAGCCGCCAGUAUCAGCAUUCUGCCGAUGCAACGAGCAGUUGCCUUGAGGAUGCUUCGCGCGAAGAGGUCCACGAUGUUUGCUUGAGUUCUCCAGGCUUUGAGUUUUCCGCUCAGGCCCUGCACAUAGCAAGCGAUGCACUUGCAGUUCCGCCACUCAGCACGGUAGACGCGCAUCACGUUCCAAGGGCAGGCCGCCGAGAAGCUUCUGGUUUUCAGAGUCUUCAGGCCCAUUCUAAGGGGCUGGAUGGACCGGUCGGACCGGCAUUGCAAAAGACGAAGCCGGAGAUGCCAAAAUCUGUCGAGCCGUGGGACGUUGACGACUUGAGCUAUGGGCCCAGCUUUGGCCCGGAAGAGCUCGAUGCGGACAUUCUUGGGCGCUUGGCGCGCAUGCCUGCAGCCUUUGUUGUGGGAGGGGUUCUGGCCAAGACGGAUAACUGCGAAGUCCACUUGGCAGCGCAAGUUUCAGAUCGGACCAAGCUCGUGGUAAAGCGCAUACACCGAAGGAGAAGUGCGCAGCCAUAUCCCACCCAUGUCAACGAAGUUCGGUGCCUGGAGCGACUACGUCAUCCCUGUAUCGUGAAUCUCUUGGGUGUCAUCGUAACACGGGACACGUUGGAUAUCCUUCUAGAAUAUUGUGAUGGCGGUGCACUUCGAAACUUCGUCGAGGCAGGGCAAAUCGAAACCGACUCCUUGCUUCGAGUCCUUGGCGACGUGGUGUCGGCUUUGGCCUUCAUGCACGGCGAGCGCUUCGCGCAUCUCGACGUUAAGUCCGUGGCAAGCUUUGCGAUCUUGGAACUGCCACUCGAAUUGGCAGACGUGUGGUCUUUCGGCAAGGUGGCCAACUUCGUGGAAACAAGAAGCAUGGCAGCAAAACUGCUGAGACAUGUAGAGUACGAGAGAUCGUUCGGUGAGAAUUCUAGCUUGUCACUAUGUCAGGUUCUGGCGCAUCGCUGGGGGUUGACUACAGCUCGCUACUGCAUGACGAUCCGGCUCGACGCCCUUCCGUGA